ACGGACAUCGAGCUGAGGGAAGAGAUCAUAUCCAUAGUGUCGGCCGGCACGGACACCUCGGCCGUCGGCACCGCCUUCGUUGCCCUCAUGCUGUCCAGACAUCCCAGGGUGCAGGACAAGGUCUACGAAGAAUUGAAGGAGGUGUUCGGCGACUCGGACCGGCCGGUGACGUGGCAGGACCUGCCGAAGCUGACGUACAUGGAGGCCGUCAUCAAGGAGACUCUGCGGCUGUAUCCGCCGGCGCCCGUCGUCGUCAGGGACGUGCACGAGACGGUUGUACUGCCAAACGGCGCGACCCUACGCCCCGGGAUGGCCCUGUUCCUGCACUUCUGGGCCGCGCACCGCAACACCAAGUACUGGGGCGACGACGUGGAAGAGUUCCGGCCCGAGAGAUUCCUGGAAGGGCCGCUGAAGCACCCCGCGCAGUUCGUGGCCUUCAGCUACUCGCUGCGGAACUGCAUCGGAGGUAACUACGCCAUAAUGUCAACGAAGACGAACCUAUCGAACCUGCUGCGUCGCUACGAAGUGCUGCCGCCGCUGAGCGUGCCGCCCGACCAGCUGCUGGCCCCCUUCAGGGUGAAGUUCGACGUCAUGAUGAAGCACUGCGACAACUUCGAGCUCAGGAUACGGAGUAGACACAAUGGACAAGGGAAAAAGUGAUCCAGCAAAAUAGUGCGCGCGAAUGAGAGUCUUAGAUGGAUGUGCUUGUAUAGUCUGUGUAAAUAACUGUAAUUUUAAAGAAGCAGGUAAGAG